GCUUCUAAAAUGGAGUUUUAAAACAGACCCUGUGGAUUUGAUUGUGUGAUAUAUUUCAAAUGGAAUUAAUUACCAAAUACCAUGAUAUGUUGACGACCUUCUGAAGUGGAAACCUGGAUGACCACUUUGGAAAAGAACGGCAACCAUGGCAACGUAAAGAACUCAAAAUCUGCUAUGAGUGUUUACAAUGAGACCGCUUCAGAAUGUCGUAUCUGACCCUUCUAUUGUGUUUGGUUUUACUGAACUCAAUAGAAAAAUCAGGGCACGUCAUUGGACAUCUCAUAUCAUGUGGGGAUCCCACUUGGCAAAGCGCGGACGUCGUAGAGGACACAGGCGUUACGAUGUUGGUUUCUCAUUCGUUGAUGCCCAAUGACGUCGAACUCAUACCAAGCUUGGAUUAUGAAGUGCAUGUGUCCUCCACCCGCUCGGAUGUUCGACUCCAAGGGUUCUUCCUGUCAGCUCUCACACACUCGGACAAUACAAGUGCCAUUAGCAGCUGGCCAAGCCCAUCGAACAGCAGCUGUCCAUUUAAUACCACUGAUUACAAUCUGCCAAUCACGUUGGAAUGGACAAGUCCCAUAACAAUCGAUUCCUGUAUCACGUUAAGAUUAGAAGUAUUUUACAAUUCUUCAGCGAAACAAAUUUUAUCAACAACACUUUGCAAGCCAACAGGAUGCCUCCAGUACCUCACCAAAGAUGCAGGGCGAGUGACAUCUCCAUUAUUUCCAUCAAUGUACCCGGAUGAUGCGAACUGCUCCAUCUACAUUAUCGUUGAUAAGGGAGACACAAUCGAUCUACAGUUUCAGUACAUGGAUCUGGAAAGUCCUUAUUCAUCCAAGUGUUUUGACAUGAUGGAGGUGUACGGUAACAAUGCCACGAGGGGACCAUUCUGUGGAAAAUGGACUCGGGAACGAUUAAAAGACUUACGAUUCCUUGCAACUAACUUCCUCAAAAUUCGAUUCGUCAGUGACAACAAGCUCAACAGCGAUGGAUUCCAGGCUGUGUAUCAGACUACUCAACUGAAAGUGUGUAACCAGACUCUGUAUAACCUCAGUGGCGCAGUAUCAAGUCCGUUCUACCCCCAGCUUUACUUCCCGAACGUCAAUUGUGUCAUAAGGAUCGUAUUGCCGUCAAAUUACAGGAUACGUGUUAAGGUGAUUGACCUUGACCUGGAACAUGGCAUAAACAAAGAUUGCGUGUAUGAUAAGCUUCAGAUCUAUGAUUCCCGCUUGAACAGAACAGGCAAAACCUGGUGCGGAUCUACGGAGGGCUAUUCCCAAAGCGACCUUCGAUAUGAAUCAAGUGCCUCGGAUAUAACCAUAGAAUUUAAGUCUGAUCACGUGAAUGAAUUCAAAGGAUUUAAUCUGACCUACUUGGGUGUACCAUCAUGUCAUAACGAAACCUUUAAUACGAGCAAUGGAUCCGUGUCAAGUGUGAACUUUCCUUCGUACUACCCCAAUGGACAAGAGUGUUAUUACACUAUCAAAGUCGAUGAACCUACUGAGAACAUUGAACUGACGUUUGAGAUGUUUUAUACAGAAUCGGACGACGAUGCCCGUAAGAGAAAUCACCUAUGCAACAAAGACUACAUCGAAGUGUUUGAUGGCAAGGUCAAACACAGGGUUUGUGGUAACUGGCAUGGUCAGGAACAUCUGCUUAUGUUCAGAUCAUUUGGGAGUACCUUGGUGUUCAAGUUCGUCUCAGACGAGCAGACCACGAAACCAGGUUUCUAUGCAAAAUGGCGGACGGUGGAUAACAAAGGGGGCAUCCCAUGUGUUUCAACGUGGUUAGACACUGGAAACACUUGUUUCGAGAUUAUUUACCAGAGGCAGACCUGGUUCGAGAGUGACAUCGACUGCCGUUCACGUGGGGGUCAUCUUGCAACUAUCGCAGAUCUAGCAACGGAGGUAUUACUCAGUGACCAUUUGGAAAACAGCAACUGCACAAAGCCAGAUGAUGCUUUCUGGAUAGGGGCCAGCGACCAGGUGUACGAAUCGGAUUUCUAUUGGACAGACGGAUCUAAAGUCAAGUUCUCAAAUUGGUUCCAGGGUUGGCCUCAUUUUGGUUAUGCAAAUCGUCAACCGAGUGAUGACGGCUUGUCAAAUGAAGACUGUGUGGAACUGAGAACAACCUUCAAUUAUCCCCACAAGGGACGGGGAAGUAAUCGAAAGUUCUGGUGGAAUGACCGGAACUGCAACGUGAAGAACCCGUAUGUCUGCCAGUGCUACAGAAAUGGUGAAACUCCACCUCCGAAAAAAACACCUGAUGAUUGUGACAACACACUGGUCCUGAGCAGUGAAAACCAAAAUACUGUAGUGACCAGUCCCGGUUACCCUGGCAACUACAGCAACUUCCUCGACUGUCGCAUAGUGGUGAGCGCCCCACAUGGAUACAGUCUAGUUCUGGAGUUUGAUGACUUUGAUCUGGAGGAAUCUGAAGGAUGUAGGUACGACUACCUGACGUUUAGCCCCUUUCCAUGGAAUUCCACAUUGGCCGGAAACACAACGAGAUUAUGUGGCAAUUGGACCACAAAGCCAAAGCUUUUACGGAAAGUGAUUCCUGGCAACAUCUUGUUUCUGCAUUUCUCGACGGAUCAUUCUUUCCGGAGACCAGGAUUCAAUGCUACAAUCAGCCUGAUGAAGGGAACGGAUCGGUGUGGGGAUGGACAGUGGGGCUUAACGGAGACAGCAUGUGUGAAAGGAAGUACACAUGCGGUUUCCAUUACGGAGGCUGAAGUCGCCUGCAGCAGUAAUGAGCAGUCGCGUCUGUUACUCGGCGCCGGUUUCCUGGGUUUCUUCCUAGAUGCAGCAAAGCUUUCAAGAGACAAUGAUUCUGAAAGCCAUGUGUUUUGGUACGAUGUCCAGAAUGACUCUUGUCAAGCACUUCGCGUCAAUCAAAGUUUGAUGUAUGGAAACAUCUUCGUGCCAAGCGAGGUCGUGGUCGAGAAUGUCUCCUGUAACGACACCUUGCCUUUCGUGUGCUAUAAAAACAUCACAGGCCUCCAUCACACAGAAGAGCCACGUGUUGUCCCCAGUCGCCUCGGCACCCUGAGCAACACAGGCUAUGCAGACUAUGGUUACAGGGACGACUUAAAACAACUAUGGCAUUUCCAGUCGGACAUGAAUUUCCGAAUCCUUAUUACAUUGAUGAAUAUAGGUUUGGAAUAUCAGGAGAACUGUCUCUAUGACUUUUUGGAGUUCAAGCAAACAAUACCGGAAGGUCGUUACUGUGGAACUUCAGAUGUCCCACGCCACUUGCUGUCAACGGACAACCAAGCUGACGUGACAUUCGAAACGGACUACAGCGUCACGGGACCUGGGUUUCUGUUAUCAUGGAUGUGGUUAGAUAUGAGGGAGUGUACCGAGAAAACGCUUACGGGGGAAUAUGGAAAUAUCUCCAGCUUUAAUUUUCCAUUCGCAUUUCCAGAUGUUAUGAACUGUCAAAUUGUCAUACAAGGAGUCCAGGGCAAUAGGAUCUUCCUCGAAUUGGAGUAUCUGAAUCUACCAGUUGGCCCGGGGAAUUACCUUGAGGUGCUUAUAGCACAGAACGCAUCCCUUCAGGUCGGGAACUCUUACUCCGUGUCUCUACCCUUACGCCUUGUGUCUUCUUCGGCGAAUAUGACAUUAAUCUUGAAAUCAACAUCUGUUCCUGCGAACUGUGGAUUUCGUGGGACAUAUAAACAGCUGCAACCGCCAUUCACUGUUCCAACAAAUACAGUGAAGAUUGAACCAGGUCAGAAAACGUCGUUAACAAGCCUCAACACCCCAUUGGCGUAUCCACCGGACGUUCGUGAAUCAACUAUCUUCCGUGCUCCUGUCGGUCACAUGUUGACCUUGAAAUUUACCUCAUUGAAUCUCGAACCUUCGAAAAACUGCCACACUGACUAUAUUAGACUCAGUGAUGUAUCACUUGGCAAGUCAUCAACCAGGGUCCUAACCACAGUCUGCAGCGACAACAUCAACAGCACCAACAUCACCUCAGCAGCGGUAGUAUCUAUUUACAACAGACUGGAACUAUAUUUUGUAUCUGGGAAUGAAUACACAACGCCGAAUAGAGGUUAUUCGGCCGUUGUAGAAGCAAUUGAAGAUCCUGAAUAUUUGAACAAGACGUCAAGCCUGAAGGACGCAUCUUUUGACUCGUGCAGUGAGCAACCGUGUGUAAACGGAGGCAUAUGUCACCAGAUCUCGGGAAAUGAGGCUAAAUGUGAAUGCCCUGGAUAUUACACUGGUUUAUUUUGUCAGGUGACUCACUGUGAGUUGAGCCCUUGUGUCCACGGUCAGUGUGUACUGACCACCAACAGCUUCGCCUGUGGGUGUAUCGGGGGAUUCUGGGGCCCACGCUGUGAUAAGGACGCACAGGGAUGUCGCAAGACCUUCUGUGGCGGGCAAGGGGAGUGCAUCGGUAACAUCACAAACACCCCCCAAUGUGAUUGUGACGACUUCUGGGAAGGUUCACAAUGUGGCAAGCCAUUAGAAAACUCGAAGAUGACAGUCGCCAUCGGCCAGCGUCUGUUGGGUGAACCCAUCUGGAUUGGCCUCAUCGUCAUCCUGAGCGUCCUUCUCGCCUUUGGCAUCUUCUACGUUAUCCGGCGGAAGUGUGGCAAGCAUUUUACCUGUUGUGACAUCAAGGUCAAGAAGAAGGAGAAGACAGAUGCCAAGUUUCCUCCUUCUGAGACGCCAACGCCCCUUGUAUCAUUCUCCGAGUUGAAGGCCAGACGUUGUACCAUACCACCGCCUAUCAAAACCCCGCCCGUCAUCGCUAUAACGAAGGCUGAAGACGCGUGUACCUCCACUCCUGGCUAUAACGAACGAAGUGGAGAUGUGGCGGCAAGGUUCUUCGCCUCCUAUAAAGAGGCGGAGCGGACACCAAUUGCUGCUCCAGUUGCAGUCGACUUUAACAAAACGACCGCUACAUCCAUGGCAUCUGACUCUGAUGACAACUCCAUUGUCGGAGGUCUGGUUGGAGGAACGUUAGCCUUUGCUGGAACCCGUUUAAGAAAUGAAGAAGUUCGCCGUAACGAGGCAAAUAAGAUGUUGCGGACAACGUCGUUCCUGGAAGCGCCUCAUCCUGUUGGCAGAGAUAGAAUGAAACGAUCGCAUAGUACUGGACCUUUCCUUGUCAGGCAAGCGUCCUUGUAUGAUGACAUGGCAGUUAGUCAGCGAUCUCUGUUCUCAGCUGACACAUCAAAUGAGCAUCUGUUUCCUACUGUGAUUGUGUCCAAUGAGGACAAUUGUAACGUUGAGGUAGAUGACAAUAGCUCUAUACAGAUCUAUUUAGAUGAAACGGAGGGUGAUGAGACGUUAGAAGGGGCUGUGGGUCCAUAUAGACAGUUAUCUAAAUCCGCGGGAUCCGUCAUUGAAUUGCCUUAUAAACCUAAAGUUUCUUCAUGGAGAUCUGUAGCAAUUGACAACUGCCAUUCGCAUACUGAACUUUCAAGAAAAGAGAAAGCGAAACAUUUUUCAAGGUCUGCAAGUCUGAAUCUUCUUCAAGAGCAAAGUGCUAGAUCUUGUAAAUCUCGGUCAAAGUCGGAGGUGAAUAGUUUUGAAUCUACAAUAUCAUGUGAUUGCAGUCGCUGUAGGCAGAGAGCCCUCCCGACUGAAACACAUUUGGGCAGAAGCAGAGAGUCCAGUCGUAGACAUCGGCCUGAUUCGGACAGUGUUGCCCAGAUGUGUAAUUGUGAAGGUGACAAACAAUCCAGUAAAUCUCGCCAUUCAAAACGUCGGCAUCAUAGAAGCUAUCGUAUGAUUCACUCCUGUGGAUCACUGGGCCACAGUGGUUGUUCCAGUAGAUCAGUGACUCGAGCCUCCAGCACUGAGAGUGAACAAUAUCACAAGAAGGCAUAUGCUGCACAUAAACGCUCUAAAGCCAAUAGCAAACGGACAUCCAAACGUGAUAUGCUAAAUGUGUUAGAUACGAAACACAGUAGCGACAAAGACUCUGACUAUGCAAGGCGUGAGUUGUUUAGGAAGUUUUUCAGCCAAGAGGUUCAAUACAGUUCUGAAGUUAAUGUACCGACCGACGAUGGGAACGUGUUUCGAUUUCCGGACGUGCCCAAACCACCGGAGACGGAAGAUGGGAACCCAACUCCAACAGAACGAGGCAACAGUGAGGCAACCUGCAAUGUUAUCAUCUACAACUGUGCUGCCAGAAACAGUAACAGGCAUGUGAACAUCAACAGAAACGACACUGCCGAGAAAUCUGUAAGUCAGGAAGAAGAAUAUGUUCCCUCCAAGUAUGAGAACGAGAACUCAGAUUCAGCCAUCUGUUCGUCCGAGGCUACUACGUCGUCAGACAGCUUCAAAUCUAACAAGGACGAGAAGAAAGUUCUUGGCCCGAGUUCGUCCUUGCUAACGGUGACUACGGACACAGAUUCAGCUUUGUCGUCGGCGCCCAAAAGUUUCCAGGCCUCUCCUUAUCACGACGUGAGGCCAUCGAGUUCAAGUGAAACACAGACGACCUUUAUUCACGAUAUGAAGGUCAAGGACUCUGCGUACCAGACAAAGCAGUCGUCCGUGGAUGUGAUUGGUCCAUUCGAAAGACCAGAAGAAGUCAAAAGAAAGCUCAGUCUACCCACAACAAAGAGUGAGGAGUCAAACGUGACGCAACGCCUCCAUCUGGCCGCCUACAAACUGUUCAUCCUCCAGCAACGCGUGCGCAGAAGCCGCUUCUCAAAAGACAGCGCUGUGCACACUAUAUCGGAGGACGAGUUCCACUAUAAUAAUGUGGAAGAUGAAACAGGCACCGAUCUGUUUCCUCACCGACGAUUAAAACGUGGCCAGAUGCUGCCACUACGACACCUUGACAGCGACGGUGACGUCGGGAUAGAUGUGAGCCGUCUGGGUGUCCAGCUGAAAUCUACAGCUACCCCUGUCUCAGACGUCGACCAGGGUUCUGAAGUAGGGGAGAUCAAUGUUUAGUUGGCGCCUACUCACACAUGGAACUUGGUUUUUUUUGUUAACGCCUGAUCACUGAGGUCACAAUGGUAUAUUUCAAUGCCUGUACAUACGUCCAUUCAUACACCAAACAACAUAUUCUCUCUCAACAUGUUCAUAAAUUCUAUAUCCAUGAUUAAAACAGCCUAUACCACAUCAGAAUAUAACAUUUGAAUUGUUAAUAGUGGAACCACCUUUGAUUAUGAAUAUAAUAUUUCAUAAUUUGGGAUUAUGAAACAUUUUUUAUAUGAUUUAUUGUAAAACUUAAUUUAAAAAUAAAUUGUACAUCUUAUCGAUAUUUGACUUAUUGACCACGGUUGUACACUUUGUCGUAAACUUGCUAAAACAUGCUUAAAUUCUAAACUUGUUUUGGUGAAGGGGAUGUUGUGUUUAGGUGGUGUUUAGGCUGUGAGACGAUAGCUCAUUGCAUGUGUGGAGACUCUAAACGUGUUUAGAUCGACACACUAAAUGUGUAUUCCGUUAAGGAUUUUAACAUGUUUUUUAACAUAUCUUGUAUGUGUUUACAUUCUGAACUCAUUUUUACAGUGUAGCCACACACGCGCGCGCACGCACUCACGCACACGCACCCACACACGACACACACACAGACACACACACGACACACACACAUACACACACACACACUCAUACGAAGUCAAACACUCAAGCGAAAUUUUAGCAACACUUGGAACAAAGAUUUGGAUGCAAAUUAUCGUUAGCGUUAUGAAAUGUUCACCUGAAUAUUGCCUGAAAUAUCCAAUCUGUGGUUUGAUGUAGGUUUAUUGUUUCGAACCAGAACUAGUCUGUCUAUAUUUCAUUUAUAGUAAACAGUGAAUGUUGAUGUAUUUAACGAAAUGUGUCGUACGUGGACAAAGACUGUCAUUUCACAUCUACGAAAACAAAACCUCUUCUGCACAUGUUUAGUUAUGCAAUACCCGACACCAGAGAUAACACGUUAUAUUUGUACGUCGCGAUCAAUAUAACAUUGAAUUUGAUUCUAUAAAUGUCAUAAAUAAUACCCACCCACCACGGGACAAUGGCGCUUGUGAGAAUGCCAUAUGCAGAAGGGGCGACUUUCGUAAGCUUGGAAAUUAAUGGCGUUGAUGAAAACCGUACCCCCACUCCUUCAACGAAAGAAAAUAUUGACUCUUAUGUUGCUGAUUCCUUGAAACUCCAUAAAACAUAUACACUUAAGAUAAUAUGUUACUGUUGAAAUACUUUAGGCUAUAUUUGGAGUAAUUUACUCGUCAUGUUUCAAAUCCAACUAAUUUAAACUGACAAAUCAUUCGACAGGCAGUGUUUGGAAGACCCGUUGAUCGCAAAAAGAAAUUAGACACUGUGUAAUUAGCGGAUAUUCACGGCUACAACUCUGUUUUUUGUUUUUAUAGAAUAUAAAAGGUGCUGAACGAGUUGACUUCAUUAGCUUGUCAUACAUUGUAACAUUUACUAAGCACAGUUUUUCAUGUCAUUUUUGUAUAUUUCUGUCAAAUUUUGUAUCAUUGUUGAUCUGUAUUUUGCACAAAGCCAAGAACAGCAGCAUAAAAGCGAAAGGGGACGUCUGUAAAUAGUAGACCGCACAUAGUUGUUCACUAAAGUGUAUCAUAUUGCGUAAGCGUGUUCAAGUGUUAAGGCCAGCUUGUCAGCCAUUCAUGAUACACCCCAAUCUAGGUACACGUGUGUGUUUCUGUGAUUUUCAAGCAUUGUUUUGGCAGUCACGUUUUCAAUUUUGACAAAUUGUUUAAUCCGCGAUUGCAACACUAUACUAUCAACUAUGUGAAGAGAUAUUCAGAUAUACAAAUAGAAGGAAAUAAGGGCACAUAAGCACUAUUGCAGAAGAAUGUUCACUGCUUUGACCGAUGGAAGGGGGUCUUAUUAAAAAGUAAUACAUUCAGUGAAAUGUCCGUUUUCUUGUGUUUCUACAGGUUCCCGAAGUGUCUUGACGACCUUUCGCCUCAAAAGUAUGUUUCCCUUUACGGCUGUUAUCUUACUGUUUCCAUUAGAAUAGUCGUCAACGUUGUUAAAAGCUUUGUAAAACAACAAUUUGGGCGUUUACGAAUACAUUGUGUUCUAAUUCUUAUAAAACAAUAUAUCACUAUUUUCGAGGAUAUUCGUGAACGAUCAUGACGUAGAACUCUCUAAUUUUGCUCAAGGUAUGCUAAAACGAUGAGAUCUGGACUCAAAGGUCUUAAUGAUCAGGAAAAGCGCUUCUGUGUGUAUUGAUGCUAGGCAAUUCCAAGGGGUUUUCUCAGGAAUGUUGAAGUAGUCCGUCAGUGUUUACAUCAUUUCAAGGAUAAGGUUUUGUGAUUGUUGUGGGGAAUAAUGUAGCUUGGGUGUGUCUAGAUGCACAGUUGCACUGUAUAUGUAUUCAUGGCACAGUUGCAUUGUACAGGUAUUCAGGGCACAGUUACAUUGUACAGGUAUUCAAGGCACAGUUGCAUUGUACAGGUAUUCAUGGCAAAUGCCAAACCAGAAAUGUAGGACACUGCCUGACAUCAUUCAUUCCUGAGAGUGGUCUCACAGAUCGAUGCAUCUCCCUGUUACAAGGUGAUCAUGUUCCUGACAGAUCGAUGCAGUUCUCUUAUACAAGGUGAUCAUGUUCCUGACAAAUCGACGCAUCUCCCUUAUACAAGGUGAUCAUGUUCCUGACAAAUCGACGCAUCUCACUGAUACAGGGUGAUCAUGUUCCUGACAGACAGAUCGAGGCAUCUCCCUUAUACAAGGUGAUCAUGUUCCUGACAAAUCGACGCAUCUCACUGAUACAGGGUGAUCAUGUUCCUGACAGACAGAUCGAGGCAUCUCCCUUAUACAAGGUGAUCAUGUUCCUGACAAAUCGACGCAUCUCACUGAUACAGGGUGAUCAUGUUCCUGACAGAUCGAGGCAUCACCCUGAUACAAGGUGAUCAUGUUCCUGACAGAUCGAUGCAUCUCUCAGAUGAUGGGUCAUCAUGUUCCUGAGUUGUAUGACAAACCUUUAUAUUAUUUUGAUCAUGAGUCACCAGUUUUGCGUCAUUAAAGUUGGGAGACACUGUAUUGGUUUUCUUCAACUAAUGUUUGUUUGCAUUUGAUAACACGAUAGACAUGACGAAAGGGUGAACAUGUAACAUUGGAAGUGAUAGAUUUACGUCCAACUCGUACCGAUGACGAAGUACUAGGUAAGAUGUUAUUUGGGUGAGUGGGUAUAGAUUAACGCCACUUUACAGGACUCCAGUAACCUCGCGACCUUGGCCACCAAGGAUUGGCUUCACAAAUCAUUCACAUAUGAUGGAGUGUAGCCGCUUUGCUUGCCCGUCGAACUCGUCUCAGUGAAUCGUAACUAGUUUCAUAGAAUUUGACCAUGAGACAAUAUUCCUAUUAUUAUUUAUUUGUAACUUUGUUAGUAAUAUUUAUGGAGAUUUCAAGUGAAUUGAAUGUGCCUCGUCUCUUUCAGUGUGUUUCUUAUAUUCUUCAUUAAAGGUUGGUGUCCAAGUAACGAAACUCUCUUACUUACUUAUACGGUAUAUGUAAUGGGCAUAGUCAGGUGUUUUCAUGAAAGAGCUGCGGGCACGGGUGGCCCAGCUGUCUAAGGCGCCGCGAUUCGUUGUGCAGAGUUGCGUCCCUUGCAAGAAACUUAUGAUAGUGGGUUCGAACCCCGGUUCGUCCCGAUUAUGUUUCUAGGUUUGUCAG